GACAGUGAACGCUUUUAUAAAUCACAUUUCGAUCUACGUGGAUUAUGUAAUGUGAUAAAAUUCAUAGGUCGUUGCGAACUAUGUGUUUAAGUGUCCUAAAGGGAUUUCAUGAUAACUAUAAGAUGUGAGGUGUUCGGGUCGGAAUGGAUCUAAGGGUCCCAAACUAUCUGCUAAGUCCUUGUGUAUUCACCUGGUUUCUAGUUUGGGGGGUAGCUGUCACGGGCCUAAGGGAUGUGCGAGUGCGUGUGCCAGAGGCGGUGUCCAGGGGGCAGCUAGCCAUCCUCUACUGUGACUACGACCUGGAGGGGGAUGCUCUGUAUUCAGUCAAGUGGUACAUUGGACGCCGCGAGUUCUACCGUUUCACUCCUCGAGAGCAUCCAAAGCUUAAAGUCUUCCCGAUCCAGGGGCUGUCUGAUCUAGUAGUUCAGAGAAACUGCUCCAAUGCCAGACAACUGUGUCUACACAAAGUGACUCUGUCUUUGUCUGGUCGCUACAGCUGUGAAGUGUCUGCCGAUAGUCCGUCUUUCCGGACUGCACAAGUCUCGGCCUACAUGGACGUCGUUGUGGUGCCGUCUCACCGUCCAGAGCUGGAGGGGAUGAGACCCAGGUACAGGGUAGGAGACACCCUCUCAGCCAGUUGCAUCUCCAGGCAUUCCAAACCUCCUGCCAACCUCACCUGGAGCAUCAACGGAAGUCCACUACGUGACAAGGAGAUGGUGGAUGUCCGGACACUACACGAGACGCAGUCUGAGCUGGUGACAGGAUUGUCCACCAUUACCGUACCUCUGACCAGGGACCACUUCACGGAGUCUGGCCGACUCAAGGUGAGAUGCACCGCGAGUCUCUACACCCUCUACUGGCAGAUCACGGAGAACUCCGCGGAGCUGGAGAGGCCGAGGGCAGCUGUGGUGGCCGCUAGCAACCAAGGGACGGUGGACACCAGGGCCAUCUGGCGGGCCGAAGAGAAGCUGGUUGACCAACCAACCACGGUGCAGUCUUCUUCUACUGUUGUUCCCUCCAUUAAAAUACUCUUAAUGAUUUUUAGUAUAUUAUUAUCACAGUUUGUACCCAAUAGAUAAGUUUUAAUUGAAUACUGUAAUUUAAUUAUUAAUAAAUGCUUAGUUAGACUUUUUUAUCAAUAUUUUGAAAGAAAAUAAACAUUUGCAAACGUUUCAACUGAUUUAAGCUGUAAUAUUUUACUGGGUUAUGAAAAUUUUUAAAAGUGGAAUUUUACAUUAUUUUCUGAUUAAGUAGAUUCUGGUCUGUCUUUAUGUUACUACUUAUUUUUUAUGGAUAUCACCAUAGCCUUCUCUUAGAGGUGGCUAUGAUAUCACUCUUAAAUAUCAUUGCUAACAUUUGAAAACCAAACUGGUUAAGUAGUUAAGAUAUCGUGUUGUUUACCAAAGUCUUGAAUAUAUUAUUAAACAAUUCUUGAAAUGGUAUAAACAUAUGUAAAUAAUUUGAAUGUAUAUUUGUAAAGCUAGAUAUUUAUAUUUAUAUAGCAUUUUUGCUAGAGUUUAAAGUAUAGUUUUAUUCUUCCAAUUCUAAGUGUACAUAAAAAUCUAUUCUUCCCAGAUUUCGUUGUGUAAUUACUUUUUAAGACAGCUAACUUUGGUGCUCAAUCAAACAUUAACCCGAUCCCGAUGGUAUGUGACAGGAAUAAAAUAAAGUUAU